CGCAGAGGAGACACCUGAUCCGGUGGGAGACGGCCAGGGGAGCGCGCGCGGAUUGGCUGGAGCCGACGGGGGUCGGCUGGGCGCGGUGCGGACUGGGAGACCGCAGUCCCGGGGAGCGCACCGGCAGUUCUCGCCUGGCCCAGGCGCGGGGUCCAAGGUGGUGGUGCUAGGAGCCGCGACGCAGUGAUAGCGGCCGUGGAGGGGCCCCCGACCGAGCUGGAGGCUGGCGGUAGCCUGGAGAUUCUGAAGACAGGAAUAAGAUGAAGGAAUGGAAAUCAAAGAUGGAAAUUUCUGAAGAAAAGAAGUCAACAAGGGCUGCUUCCGAAAAACUCCAAAGACAGAUCACCCAGGAAUGUGAGUUAGUUGAAACCAGCAAUUCUGAGGACAGAUUAUUGAAGCACUGGGUACGCACUUUAAAGGAUGCAGUGAGACAUCUCCCUUCCCAAGAGAGCGGUAUCAGGGAAAUGCAUAUUAUCCCCAAGAAAGCCAUUGUGGGAGAGAUUGGCCAUGAAUGUAAUGAAGGAGAAAAAAUACUUUCUGCAGGAGAAAGCUCCCAUAGAUAUGAGGUUAGUGGCCAAAACUUCAAACAGAAGUCAGGAUUAACUGAACAUCAGAAAAUUCAUAAUAUAAAUAAGACCUAUGAAUGUAAGGAAUGUGGAAAAACCUUCAACAGGAGUUCAAACCUGAUCAUACAUCAGAGAAUUCAUACAGGAAAUAAACCAUAUGUGUAUAAUGAAUGUGGGAAAGACUCUAAUCAAAGUUCAAAUCUUAUUAUACAUCAGAGAAUUCAUACAGGAAAGAAACCUUAUAUGUGUCAUGAAUGUGGAAAAGACUUCAAUCAGAGCUCCAAUCUGGUGAGACAUAAGCAAAUUCACAGUGGUGGGAAUCCUUAUGAGUGCAAAGAGCGUGGGAAGGCUUUUAAGGGAAGCUCAAACCUUGUCCUGCACCGGAGAAUCCACAGUAAGGGGAAGCCAUAUUUAUGCAAUAAAUGUGGGAAGGCUUUCAGUCAAAGCACAGAUCUUAUUAUACAUCACAGAAUUCACACUGGAAAGAAACCCUAUGAAUGUUAUGACUGUGGACAGAUGUUCAGUCAAAGUUCACACUUUGUCACACAUCAGAGAAUUCACACUGGAGAGAAACCCCUCAAAUGUAAUGAAUGUGAAAAAGCCUUCAGGCAGCAUUCUCACCUUACUGAACACCAGAGACUCCACAGUGGAGAGAAACCCUAUGAAUGUCACAAAUGUGGGAAGACCUUCAGUGGGCGCACAGCUUUUCUUAAACAUCAGAGAUUGCAUGCUGGAGAGAAACUUGAAGAAUGUGAGAAAACCUUCAGCCAGGAUGAGGAGCUUAGGGAAGAGCAGAGAACUCACGAGGAAGAGAAGGUUUAUUGGUGUAAUCAGUGUGGUAGGAAUUUCCAGGGCAGCUCAGACCUCAUCAGACAUCAGGUAACUCAUACAGGAGAGAAACCAUAUAAAUGUAAAGAAUGUGGGAAAAUUUUUAAUCAGAGCUCAGACCUUCUGAGACAUCAUAGAAUUCACAGUGGAGAAAAACCUUGUGUAUGUAGCAAAUGUGGGAAAUCUUUUAGGGGCAGCUCAGAUCUCAUUAGACACCGUCGUGUUCAUACUGGAGAGAAACCCUAUGAAUGUAGUGAAUGUGGGAAAGCCUUUAGCCAGAGGUCACACCUUGCUACACACCAGAAAAUCCAUACUGGAGAGAAGCCCUAUCAGUGCAAUGAAUGUGGGAAAGCCUUCAGGCAGCGUUCCCUCCUUAUUCAACAUCGGAGAAUUCAUAGUGGUGAGAAACCCUAUGAAUGUAAGCAAUGUGGGAAACUCUUCAUUUGGCACACAGCUUUCCUCAGACAUCAGAGCCUGCAUGCUGGAGGGAAACUCGAAUGUGAGAAAACCUUCAGCCAGGAUGAGGAGCUUAGGGAAGAGCAGAGAACUCACGAGGACGAGAAAGUUUAUUGGUGUAAUCAGUGUGGUAGGACCUUCCAGGGCAGCUCAGACCUCACCAGACAUCAGGUAACUCAUACAGGAGAGAAACCAUAUGAAUGUAAAGAAUGUGGGAAAACUUUUAAUCAGAGCUCAGACCUUCUGAGACAUCAUAGAAUUCACAGUGGAGAAAAACCUUGUGUAUGUAGCAAAUGUGGGAAAUCUUUUAGGGGCAGCUCAGAUCUCAUUAGACACCGUCGUGUUCAUACUGGAGAGAAACCCUAUGAAUGUAGUGAAUGUGGGAAAGCCUUUAGCCAGAGGUCACACCUUGCUACACACCAGAAAAUCCAUACUGGAGAGAAGCCCUAUCAGUGCAAUGAAUGUGGGAAAGCCUUCAGGCAGCGUUCCCUCCUUAUUCAACAUCGGAGAAUUCAUAGUGGUGAGAAACCCUAUGAAUGUAAGCAAUGUGGGAAACUCUUCAUUUGGCACGCGGCUUUCCUCAGACAUCAGAGCCUACAUGCUGGAGGGAAACUUGAAUGUGAGAAAACCUUCAGCCAGGAUGAGGAGCUUAGGGAAGAGCAGAGAACUCAAGAGGAAGAGAAAGUUUAUUGGUGUAAUCAGUGUGGUAGGACCUUCCAGGGCAGCUCAGACCUCAUCAGACAUCAGGUAACUCAUACAGGAGAGAAACCAUAUGAAUGUAAAGAAUGUGGGAAAACUCAAUCAGAGCUCAGACCUUGUAAGACAUCAUAGAAUUCACAGUGGAGAAAAA